CAGGGAGAUUGUGAGAGAAGGAGGCUGUGCCAGGCAGAGCGCGCGCCAGGACCGCUCGUGGAGACAGCCCAGGUAGAAAAACGUGAGACUACAAUGUGAGGAGAGUCUUGUGUUCCCGUAAACUACAAAGGGAUAUUAAACGGAAGUAUUCAUGCCAGCAUUUUCCAGACUACGGAAGUUGUGUCGUUCUGUAGUUGUCAGUCAGUAAUGUCAGAUCUGAUGAACGCUCCUCUGAGAAAUGCCAUGGAUGCUGCUCCAGAGACUUGCACAGAUGCUGAAGCUGAACUGGCUGAGGGAGUGGCCACUAUGGAUGUUGCCACAGAAUCCAGUAGUGGUGAUCCAUCACUAAGGAAUGAUCAACAACAGUACAACAGCAAUAGUAUCACUCAUGCAAGUACAGUGACAGACUCACACAUUAAUGGGAUACAUACUAGAACCAAGGCAGACUCAUCUGCUUUUCCAAACAGAAACACAGAUCAGAUGACUUUUCCAAAAAAAACAUCUACAAGGCCUAGGCUGUCGAGUAGAAAGUACUCCCUUCAGGAACGAACUUCAGAAAGCUAUCUUUCAUCAGCUGGUGCCCCUUGUUCAGGUGGGUCUUCUACCCACAUUUCACCUCGAAUAUUCAGAAGACCAACAAUUGAAUCCAAUAGAAUUUCCAUAUCUGAUGCACAGGACUGUGUGCAGUUAAAUCAGUACAAGCUGAAAACUGAAAUCGGAAAGGGCUCUUAUGGUGUCGUUAAAUUAGCUUACAAUGAAAAUGAUGACAAGUAUUAUGCCAUGAAAGUUCUUUCUAAGAAAAAGUUAAUGAAACAAUAUGGAUUUCCACGACGACCUCCUCCAAGGGGAGCCAAGUCUUCCUCUGGUGAACAGCCAAAGCAGUUGGGCCCAUUAGAAAGGGUCUACCAAGAAAUAGCUAUUUUAAAGAAAUUAGACCAUCCCAACAUAGUCAAGCUUGUAGAGGUGCUGGAUGACCCCUCAGAAGACAACUUAUACAUGGGUGCUGGGGAGAUGAUGGCCAAGAAAAGGCAUAUUAAAAAACUUGGUUUUGUUGAUUUAGACGAGAUUUUGGGCAAGCCAGUUUUGACUUUGGCAUUAGAUGUCUGGGCCAUAGGAGUAACCCUUUACUGCUUUGUCUUUGGAAAGUGCCCUUUCAUAGAUGACUAUAUCCUGUCUCUUCACAACAUGAUCAAAAACAAAUCAGUGGAAUUUUCUAAUACGCCAGAGAUAAGUGAAGAGCUUAAAGAUCUUAUCCUAAGGAUGCUGGAUAAAAACCCUGAAAAUAGGAUAACAAUUCCAGAAAUUAAGUCACAUGUGUGGGUCACACAGAAUGGAACAGAGCCACUGCCUUUGGAGGAAGAGCAUUGCACAGCCGUAGAGGUGACAGAGGAGGAAAUCCAAAAUUCAGUGAAGCUUAUCCCAAGCCUGUCAACUGUGAUUUUAGUCAAGUCAAUGCUGCGGAAGCGAUCAUUUGGGAACCCUUUUGAGUGGCAGACUAGGAGAGAAGAGAGGUCUAUGUCAGCCCCAGGGAACCUAUUAAUAAAGCAGAGCAGUGGUGAAGGGUCAGAACUACCUGAUGUUCGUGAAGAUGAAGUCACCUCCUGAGCCGCUCCAUGUGGUGUUCCAAUUCAUUUCAAGGCUGCUAACUUUUUCUGUGUGUUAUUUCAUGUUAUGGGAACCACCAUCAUGAACCAAAGCUUAAAAUGUGAAUUUAGGAAGCAUCAUUUAAAAUAAUGUGUAAAGGCAAACACGUUUACAUGUACAAAUGGAAUGCUGUUACAUAUUAUUGCCUGUUUGUAUGAAAUGUAUAUGUUGUCUUUGUGUGCUAUACCCAUGUCUUGUCAUUAUAUUUCCUUAGUCGCAUGUUGUAUACAAUAUAAACCAUGGUUACUUGGUGAUGAGUAUCUUA